GUCGUCUAAAUAUAGCAGAGAAAGAAAUUGAAGUAGAAACUUACUGACAAAGAAUCACACUACUACUACUACUACUUCUAACACACAAGAAAAAACCUGUGAAGAAGAAGAUGAUGAUGCAGUCCCGAUUGUUAGCGUUUGCUUCAGCGGCGCGUUCCCGUGUGCGACCAGUCGCUCAAAGGAGGUUAGCGUUUGGAUCAUCAACGUCUGGCCGAACUGCUGAUCCAGAGCUUCAUUCCGGAAACGAUGGAGCUGAUCCAGCUGUCUAUCCGAGAGACCCCGAAGGUAUGGAUGACGUAGCGAACCCUAAGACGGCCGCAGAAGAAAUCGUCGACGAGACUCCACGGUCAAGUUUAGAAGAGCAACCGCUUAACCCGCCAAAAUCUCCACGCGCCACCGCGCACAAGCUAGAGAGCACUCCGGUCGGUCGUCCUUCCGAACCCAAUUUCCAACAGAAACGGAGAAGAAGCACCACCACCGGAGAAGAGGAGGAGGAGCGAAGGCGGAGACAGAACGAAACAGAGAGCGACAAGGAGUACUACGCGCACCACAAAGCUUCUCCGCUGUCCGAGAUCGAGUUCGCCGACACUCGAAAACCGAUCACGCAAGCCACCGACGGAACGGCGUACGCGGCGGGAAAAGAUGUGAUAGGAUGGUUACCGGAACAGAUCGACACGGCGGAGGAGGCUUUGCAGAGAGCCACGAUGAUAUUCAAACGUAACGCGGAGCGCGGGGAUCCUGAAACGUUUCCUCACUCUAGAAUCUUGAGAGAAAUGAGAGGCGAAUGGUUCUAAAACUAACGAAUAAGACACAAUAAAAUGUUUUCAAGUGUCUGAAUAAAACAUUUGUCAAUGUUUUCUCAAGAAUCUUCUUACAACAAACAAAGAUGUUUUAGGCAAA